UACUUCCACAGAAGCUGUGUACGCACCGUAGCUGUUGUUGUUAUCUGGUGAAGGAAUAUAUCUGGGUUCGUUCUCAACAGUGGAAUCGUCGCUGGCCGUUGAUGUGCACAGUGUGAAGUUGGAGUUUAUGCCUGUUUCGUUGCCUGAAACCAGUGUCGUCGAAGAUGGAAUGGACUGAUAGAGGAUGAGCUCGGCAACAGAAAGAUCUCACAGUGACAGAGUAACUGGUUUAUCCAUACGACUUCUGGAGAUAAAUUCUAUCGGGGAUGUGAAUACUUCGCAGUUAAAUUGGGUUGACUUUAGCGCGUUUACUGUGAAAAAUGGAGAGCUGGCGUCAUCAACGCAGGGUUGACUUUUUGGGGUGAUCCUGAAUUAGUGAUGCUCUUUGGAGCUUUGUCCGAUUUUAAGGGCCUCCAUUUUUUGGAUCCUUCUACCUUUACCUUCUCCUUGUCAUCGCAAGUUGUCAAGUUGGAAACAUAUGAUUCGGUUUCAGCAGUGUCGAUCGAAUCUACUUGCGUUCAUGUUGUCGUGCCUGGCAGUUUCCCUUAUUUGGUCAUGAGUAGCUUGUGUACUGAAUCGAUCGUUUGCUUGUUUGAAUCAUCCCUCAAUACUCGAAAUAGUUGUGUCGACCGUGGAGCUUCAGUGAAGCAAAACUCGCUCGCAACAAGCCGUUGAGCAUAGCUUUAGGAGCUGCCUACCUUUGGUUUAAGUUAGGACGAGGAUGAUUGCCCGAUGUGUCCCGCAAAACACAGAGUAAUCUCGAUGUUCUCUUGAGUCUGCGCCAAGUCUACUUUGAGCCACUGGUAUGACGGUCCGAACACGCUCACACAGGCAUUUGACGUCGAAUUCUGAGACCGCUUUGUUCACUUGAUGCGUUGUGACAUGGUCGAAGUAUGUCGAACCCAUGCAGAUUGAGAGUUGUUCACUUGUUACUGCUACUGCUCACUAUUCUGACUACGCUGGCUGAAGGGCAGCUCGCGAAAUGGAACUUCGCCAACUUCAGCUCUUCUCUGGCCACUGUCCGCGACAGCAUCGUCCUCUUAGGUGACGCCGCGAUCGUCAACACCACUGGACCCCCUAGACUUGUUUUGAACGGGAGAGGCUCCCAAACGGGAGUUGCAACCGCUGGCAGGGUCGUGUACUCCAGCCCAGUGCAGUUCAAGGACGACCUCACUCGUAUCUUUGUUUCAUUUAGCACCAACUUCACCUUUACUAUUACUGAUCCAGGACUGCCUAAACCUGUCGGAUGCGGCGGGUUCACAUUUUAUAUCCGGGGGGAUAACAACUCAGUGGGAGAGAGUGGGGAAUACCUGGGUCUCACAACUGAAGCCAACGAUGGCUUAACGAGUAAUCGUCUCUUGGCAGUUGAGUUUGAUACUUCGAUCAGCAACAUUCCUGGCGGGGAUCCGAGCCCCGCGCACAUAGGUUUGGAUGUAAAUGGCGUGAAAUCUGACUCCACGUAUGAUUUAUGUCCAGGCACACCUGAUUGCACUGUUCUAGUAAAUCGGGGGGAUUAUCUCGCUAAGAUCGCCUACGACUCAUCCAAAGAAGCCUUGAGCGUGGAGCUUUACCUGAACACCACAAACCUAGUUGCAAAUUGGACAGCUCCGAAGUUGUCCCUAGAACCCAUCUUCCAGAAUUAUAUGUACGUGGGUUUUACAGGAAGCAAUGGAGUUUUUUGCAACCAAACUCACACGAUCUAUUCAUGGAGUUUCUCAACCUCUCGACCGCCCUCUUCCAAGCCAAAAUCACCGGAAGCGCCGGCACUCCACACCUCCUACGAUUGCUACAAAUUUGACGGUUGCAACAACUAUAGAGCGUUGAUAAUUGGAGUUCCCGUAGCAGUUGGUGGAUGCGCACUCAUCUUCCUGAUGAUCUGUAUUUAUUGUGUCUACUGCAGGAAGACGCAAAAAAACCCAGAAUAUAAAGCAGUGGACGUUUCUGGACCUAACUCUGGACCACAGACUGGAGGAGACAAUGCCGUGAAAGUAAACGCCAAGUCUGCAAGCGCGCACGAACUGCCAGCUCCACUCGUCAACAUUGCGCUACCAUUGUGUCACGGUAAAGACAAAGACCCCCAGGAUCCGAAACCGACAGAUUUUGCUCCAGUAGCGGGGCAACCUAGUGUUACAGCCUCGUCUAUCUCCAUGGAGCCCAAACCGGAGGUGCCAGUGGUUGAGUCUGUGGACCGAAAUCCACAUGGGAAGGUGACUAUGUGUUGUGUGCAGACAAAACCUAAGAGAGACUAUAAAGACACGAUAGUGUUCUCCGCAAAGGAACUUGCACAAGCAACCAAGAAUUUUAGCGAGAAAGUGAUUAUUGGAACCCCGGGCAGGAAACCUGUGUACAAAGGAGUACUGCGUGACAAUGGUGCCGAGGUAGCAAUCAAGGAGAUAGCACUGAACAACAUCAGCAAUGAGUUUGUGUCCAAGGCGAUGCUCCUGGGUCGAAUCCGGCAUCCUAAUCUUGUGCACCUGCUGGGAUGGUGCAAAUGUGAGGAGAAGCGAAAGCUGUACCUUGUCUACGACUACAUGCCGAGGGGCAGCAUGGACAAGCUCCUACUCUUGAGCAAAGAUGCGGAUGGUUUUCUUGGAUUUGAUGCCAGGUACAAUGUGCUAGUGGGAGUUGCUGCAGGGUUGAACUGUUUGCACGCGGAGUGGGAGCAAUGUGUGCUUCAUAGGGAUGUAAAGCCCAGCAAUGUGUACCUUGAUGCAAUGUUCAAUGCUCACGUCGGGAAUUUCAGCCUUGCAUCUCUGGUGGACCACGAUAAGGUUGCGCACUCUACCGUGAUGGAUGGCACACUUGGGUACAUGGCUCCGGAGAUUCCUUUCACUGGAAAACCGACGAUGAAAUCCGACGUGUUCAGCUACGGCAUCCUUGUGCUUGAGGUGGCUUGUGGAAGGCUGCCCCUAGACUGGCAUUUACCGCAAGAAGAAAGGGUGUUAUUGGAUUGCGUGUGGCGAGCGCGUGAGGAGGGUGAUAUUGCGAGGGUUGCGGACAAGCGUUUAGAGAAUACGUACUCGGAGAAGCAGAUGGCCACACUGCUGCAAAUCGGCCUGAAUUGCGCUCACCCAGACCCGAGUAUGAGACCUAACAUGGCAUUUGUGUGGAAAGUUUUGAUUGGAGGAGCCGAACCUCCGGAGCUACCUGCAAAGAAACCCGUGAUUGAAAAUUACGCGGCUCUUAGCAGCCUCGGCACCAUGAGAAACUCGGCCUCCCGAGGAAAUCUCGGCUCGACUUCCAGCGAUACGCAGUAGGGCUUCUCCGCUAUGUAGAUUUCACGUCGUUAGCUGUCUCUACCUGCUCAACCGACCUUACUUCCGACUUACGGUCGACCCAGAUGUGUAUGGAGCUGUGAAAUAGAACAUGUUUCGAACACUAGAAAGUGAAUCCAUGUGUUUUGUAGUUUUCGUAUUUAUGUACCAGCUUCGUGUACAGUCAAUUCUUCACAACUUGCUACCUUCAAUACUAGUACCGGUCAUUUGGGCAAUGCGCCAAGCAAUUUAGAGUUCAAACUCUGCUUAGUUCUCUCGGUCUCUCUGUCUCUACGUCCCUCCCUUCAAAACUUUACGGUGUGUGCAAGCGAUUGUGACAUUUGCAGUUGUUACGUCUCAAAAGGAUCUUUCAUAUUCA